GCCGCGGGAGUGAGCAUCGCGCGCCGCGUUGACAGCAGCGACGACAGCACCACAGCGACGACAGCAACGACAGCGGCCCCGACAGCAGACCGCCCGCUGCCGCGCCCGACCACGAGCCACUGUUGCCGGACGCAUGACUCAGCCGUCGACACUCCCCCCGUCCCCGCCGCACCCGUAAGCCGCCCGCCAGCAUGCGCCCUGCGCUGCGCCAGGCCCGGACGCUGCUGAACCAUGAUGCGCUGCAGGCCUCGCUCCCGACCUUGCUCUGCCCGGCGCUGCUGAGGCCCGCCGCGCGCCCUCGCCGCUAUGCCGCGCCCACACAGCGCUUCGCGACCUUUGCCCGCGCCCAGCAGGACGCCCAGCAGGACGCCCCGGCCGUGCCUGAGGGCAGCGAGCGCCCGCCGCUGAGUGCGCCCGCGACGAGCCCCCCCGCGACGAGCCCCCCCGCGACGAGCGCCCCCGAGACGCCCCCGCUCCAGCCCGAGCGACGGUCGCUGCCCCGCGGCUGUCCAGGCUGCGGGGCGCCGUCGCAGCUGUUCGACAAGCGCGAGGCCGGCUACUACAACGUCGACCGCGGCGCCGUGCGCGCGUACCUGCACUGGGACCCGCGCCACGCCCACGCCGCCUCCAACGAGGACGACGUCUACGCCCGCGCGCUCAAGGACGCCCGCCCAGAGCUGCUGGCCGAGCUGGGCGUGCUGGACCCCGUCGCGACCACGGCGGCGCUGCAGCCCGACACGCCCGUAUGCGACCGCUGCCACAACCUCGUUCACCACAGCGUCGGCACGCCUAUUGCCCACCCGACCGUCGACUCGAUCCAGCAGACCAUCGCUGAGUCGCCGCACCGCCGCAACCACAUCUACCACGUCGUCGACGCCGCCGACUUCCCGCUGUCCAUUGUGCCCAACCUGCAGUCCUCGCUGCGCAUCCCCAAGCUGCGCACCCAGAACCGCCGCGCCAAGCACAAGGGCUGGGUCGCCAACGACCGCAUCGCCGAGGUCAGCUUCAUCAUCACGCGCGCCGACCUGCUGGCCCCCAAGAAGGAGCAGGUCGACGCGCUCAUGCCCUACAUCACCGACGUCCUGCGCGACGCCCUCGGCCGCGACAACAACAAGGCCCGUCUGGGCAACGUGCGCCUGGUCAGCGCGAAGCGCGGCUGGUGGACCAAGGAGGUCAAGGACGACAUCUGGGACCGCGGCGGCGCAGGCUGGAUGGUCGGCAAGGUCAACGUCGGCAAGUCCAAUCUCUUCGAAGCCGUCUUCCCCAAGGGCCGGGGCGCCGACUACCAGGACGUGCGCAAGAUUCGCAGCGCCGCCGAGCGCGAGGCCAUGCUGAACGCCACCACAACGCUCGAGGACAUGACCAGGGUGCAAAAGCAGCUCGCCGACGAGGACGCCGAGGCCGAACGCUACAACAAGAGACCGGUCCAGCACGUCCACCAGCCUCCAAGAGCCCUCGAACGCGAGCCAGAAGAAGAGGAGGAUGACGAGGAAGACCCCGACGCGCUGCUCCCACCACCCCAACCGUACACACCCUACCCCGUGCUCCCCAUUGCGUCCUCUCUCCCCGGCACUACCGCCUCGCCCAUCCGAAUUCCUUUCGGGAAGAACCGCGGCGAGCUCGUCGACCUGCCCGGUCUCGCACGCACAACGCCCGGCCUGGAGACAUUCGUGCAGCGGGCGCACCAGCAGGAUCUGAUCAUGACCUCGCGCCUCAACGCAGAACGCCUCACGCUCAAGCCCGGCCAAUCCCUGAUCCUCGGCGGCGGCCUACUGCGCAUCACGCCCGUUACCGAAGACCUCGUCUUCCUCGUUCACCCCUUCGUGCCCCUCCACGCCCACGUCACCCGCACCGAGAAAGCCGAAGCCUACCAAUCGCAGACCUCAGACCGCCAACUGCAAGUCCCGCCCAUCCUCGUCCCCAACGUCGGCUCGCAAAUGCACAGCGCCGGCCGCUUUGCCCUCAAAUGGGACGUGACCAAGAAACUCGCGGGCCCGCUGACGAGCUCCGUCGCCGGCAAAAUGAAGCCCGAGAACCUGCCCUUCCGCGUGUGGAGCACAGACGUUCUGCUCGAGGGCGUCGGCUGGCUCGAGAUCUCCGCCCAGACUCGCCGUCCGCAGGGCUGGGCGCCCGUGGGCAUGAAGAAGAAGGACCCCAACCACGCGCGGCACGAGCGCGAGGCGCGCAUGCGCCAGGAGAAGGACCGCAAGGACCGCAAGUUUGCGGCGCUGGCCGCGGCCGAGGCGGCGGAUAGGGAAAACGGCGUCGACGAUGCGCUGAGCCGGGCGUUUGCGCCGAGCAGGCAGGCGCCGAGCAGGCAGAUGCAGGAUGACCGUUACGGCGACGGCGAUGCCAUGGCAGAGUGGCAGGAGUCGUACCCCGAGAUCGAGGUCUUCUCGCCUCUGGGGCGCUAUGUCGGCGUCAGACGGCCCAUGUGCGCGAGUACCGUCAUGGGGCCGCGCAGCGUGAGCAGUCGGGAGCGGAUUGCGCGGCCGCGCCGGAGCAUGAAGUCGGUGAAGCGGCAGCGACAGCCGGCAGGGAAGGGGGAGUAACGAAAAUAUGUAGAGUAGACGCAGAGGAUGGUAAAGUGGCCGCGCGGUGGAGCAUGUUGUAUGAUAUGUAGAAUGAGGCAUUGCUGGUGUUUGGGUAGCAUGGCGAAGGAUGGAGCUUGUAAUAGUUAUUGAUCAAUCAUAUG